ACCCUUGAGAUAACUGCGGCAUCCACCGCACAAUUAACUGACUAUAACGUAAUUUCCCUCUCCCUCUCCUGGCUGCUGUCAAACGCUGGAGGAUUUGUCGGAGUUUCCGAGCGUCUCUGCAUCUGUGAGGAUGUUGUUGUGGCUGGUUAUGUUCCUGCCUGCCAUCUCCUCGGCUCAGCGAUCAGAGCCCAUGUUCUCAGCUAUAACCAAGACCGUCCUUCCUCCCGACUAUGACAACAACCCCACCCAGCUCAACUACGGCGUGGCCGUCACCGAUGUGGACGGGGACGGAGACCUGGAGAUUUUUGUAGCUGGCUACAACGGCCCAAACCUGGUGCUGAAAUACAACCAGCAGCAGAAAAGGCUUGUCAACAUCGCGGUUGACAACCGAAGCUCCCCGUUCUACGCCCUGAGAGACCGCCAAGGCAACGCCAUCGGAGUGACAGCGUGUGACAUCGACGGAGACGGUCUGGAGGAGAUUUAUGUCCUCAACACCAACAACGCCUUCUCUGGUCGGGCAACAUACUCUGACAAGCUGUUUAAGUUCCGUAAUGGACGCUUUGAAGAUUUGCUGAACGAUGACAUUAACGAACACAGAGAUGUGGCCAACCGAAUGGCUGGGCGCUCAGUGGCCUGUGUGGACAGAAAGGGUACAGGCCGGUAUGCCAUCUACAUAGCCAACUAUGCCAGUGGCAACGUGGGUCCUCAUGCUCUUAUUGAAAUGGAUGAGGCAGCCAGUGAUCUUUCACAGGGCAUCAUUGCCCUCUCCAAUGUGGCAGAGCAGGCCGGAGUCAAUAAAUUCACUGGAGGGCGAGGUGUCGUGGUGGGGCCCAUUGUCAGUCAAACCCUGUCCGAUGUGUUUUGCGUCAACGAGUACGGUCCCAACUUCCUGUUUAGGAACAACGGAGAUGGAACUUUCACUGAUGUGGCACAGCUGGCUGGCGUGGAGGACCCAAUGCAGCAUGGCAGAGGGGUUGCUCUGGCAGACUUCAACCGUGACGGCAAGACAGAUAUCGUCUAUGGGAACUGGAAUGGACCUCAUCGCCUGUAUAUGCAGCUGAAUAACCGCAAACAGAAGUUCAAGGAUAUUGCAUCCCAGAAGUUUUCUAUGCCGUCCCCGGUUCGCACCGUCAUGGUUGCUGACUUUGACAAUGACAACGAGAUGGAGGUCUUCUUCAAUAACAUCGCCUACAGGGGCCCCUCCGCCAACAGGCUCUUUAGGGUGAGCAGGAGAGAGCAUGGAGACCCCCAAAUAGAAGAGUUGAAUGUUGGAGACGCAUCAGAGCCCGAAGGACGAGGAACCGGGGCUGUAGCCACAGACUUUGACGGUGAUGGCCGUCUGGAACUGCUGAUUUCUCACGGGGAAAGUGCAGCACAGCCGCUCUCUGUCUACAAAGUCAACCAGGGGACUACAAACGCCUGGCUGCGAGUGAUUCCCAAGACCAAGUUUGGUGCUUUUGCCAGAGGAGCUAAAGUGGUGUUGUACACUAAAAAGAGCGGCCCGCACACACGGAUCAUCGACGGUGGCUCGGGGUACCUGUGUGAGAUGGAGCCUGUCGCCCACUUUGGCCUAGGUAAGGAUGUUGCCACCAAUGUCGAGGUGUACUGGCCAGACGGUCGUUCAGCUGCGCGACCCCUGGAGCCUUCAGACGUCAACACGGUGCUGGUGAUCCACUAUCCAAGAGAUGAGGAAGAAGUCACUCCUACUGUGGAAAUAGAGUGUGGUCACGGCUUUGCACUGAAUGAGAAUGGCCGUUGCACAGAUGAAGAUGAGUGUACCCAGUUUCCUACUGUGUGCCCCUCUGACCGCCCUGUCUGCACCAACACCUAUGGCAGCUAUAAGUGCCGCGCCAAGAGGAGAUGCAACCAGGGCUUUGAGCCCAACGAUGAUGGGUCAGCCUGUGUGGCCCAGGUGGCUUACUUUGGGGGGACGCGGUCCUCUGGGGAACGCAAGCGUUCAGGCCUUUCUUUCUGGAUGCUCCCCGUCUCUGUACUACCACUCGUCUCUAUCCAUCUCCAGACUGGACUACUGUAGCCGUCACUCUCUCCUCCCCUUCCCAACUCUCUCCACUGCUAAAUGGGGAUGUACAAAAACUCUCGGAGCAAACUUUUCACUUCCACAUCUACUCCUUCUCCUUUGUGGAUCUCUGCUAUUGUUUUCCAUCAGUUAUUUACGGCCUUGCCCCCUCCUCACCGCUGCUAUGUAUCACCUCUUGGCUCCCGGCCCCCUCUGGACUGUAAAGAAACACACAAGGAGCAUGCUCGCUGGGAGCUACGGGGUUCAGAACUAUCUGUGUCACACCCGCGGAGCCCUCACGUCAUCACCUGGCACUUACCUUAGUGGGACCUGAACUGAGGCCAAGUCAAUAAGUGGAGCUGGAGCGUAUAAACCUCUGCACAUACAGUACAGCAGACAGAUCUACUGGCUCCACAGACUACAUUGAGAGACACGCUGAGACCCCAUCUGUAUGUCCACAAUGCCACUAUGUUAAUCCUUACAAUGUCCCUCUCAUUCUUAUUAUGGGCUUUUUGGGAUGCUGAGGAAGACCAGGUCUCCGAACUUUAGGUUCUGUGUGUGAGUGUGAGUGUGCUGUGCCCAAAGAGGCAGUCGGGUAGAGGAACAUCUGUCUCCGAUGGUAGGUAAUGCUUUGUUACCUAUUAAUAAUAAUUCAGCACACUGAAGAAUAUAAACACACGUGUAUGUGUGCGUGAGCACAAGAAUAGGCAGGUUCAGUUCUAUUUAUGUUAAGUACAGUAGCCGGAAGGUGCAAACAUAAUUUAUUUAGCAAUUUUUAAAUAAUUUGGCACAAAUUUUACACUGUAAAUUUUAAAAGAGCAUUGGCUUUCAGUAUUUACUGUGAAUAUGAAUUCCAAAUUUAUCCUUUCAUGCUUAUUUCACCAAUUACAUGAAAAUAAUGGGACAUGGCCAAGACGAUGUGGAUUUUAAAGGACCAUGAUUUUUUCUGAAAUAUUUUUUUUCCCAACAUAAUAUCAGACUUUAUAGGAUAAGGCUGGUGAUAUUCCAUAUUAUGUUAUUGUCAGUCUCCUUAAUUUCUUAUAAAUGAUUUCCUUUAACUGGGCACUGUAGUUUUUAGCAAAUGUUACUCAAACAGGAGUAAAUUGUGUUUUUAUUGGGAAACACUUUCAGCUGCAAAUUGGGUGUGCUACUACAUUAUACUGCAUUAUCCAAGUUCAUUGAAAUGAAGAAACGUGUCACUCACUGUGUUUUUAAUGAUAUUUGAACAACAACAGAGGUCUGUGGCACAGAGCAAUAGGGUCAAUUCAUUGCAGAUUUAAUUUUUUUAAGGGAAAAUAUCACCAGAUUUAUCCUAUGAAGUGUAAAUAUUAAGUAAACAUCAACUAAGAAUAUUUCAUGUUAAUGAUAACUUGACGACCCUUUCCUCUCUUCUCCGCACUGCAGAAACUGCACAACACAAUCAUCCCAUCCAGAGUUAGACUGCAACCACCGUCAUAGCAGAGGAUAGAUUCAUCCAGUGUUGGCCGAGCCCCGACUGUGAGAUGAUUUAUGGAUUUCUCCCUAUUCACUCGCUGAGGCAAGUGUUAUAUAUUUUUGAAAUAUUUGGCCAAAAACCUCACACAUUCCACUUAGGAAACAGCACCAGACUGACAUCAGUCCCCGAGCCUGCUAAUGAGCUGGACCCAAACCACAGAUGCCACCUGUAAAUAUCAAACACUCCAGUUGAGAUUUAGAGACUGAGAUGUUUUUAAUGAAAACCAAGAGGCAUCAGAGCAUGAAAAACUACUAAACAAACAAUGAUGGACGUGUUGCAGCAAUUAAAAUUACUCACUACGGAUGUCUGUUGGAUGCACGUCGCCGAUGCUGUCAUGCUCUCUGUGUCAGCCAAAGACUCAGUUGAGGAGAGAGCGAGAGAGACCAAGAUCACGGCCAAUAUUUGAAUAUUUACGCAGAAUUGUUCACUAACAAAAAUGUCAAAGAGGUUGAACUGAGGUGGCUGUAAAGAUGUUAUUGUAAGGAGAGAGCGGAAACCUUUUUUGUAGUUUGAAUCACACUCUUGGGUCAGACUUGAACUUAUUAUAUGUAAGCUCCGAGUUUGCAUGAACAGUAAGAUCCACAAGUGUUUAUCAAAAUUGCACGCUUUAAAAGCACAUAGCUGUGUUUUCGACCCUAUUGCUUACAUUCACCUGCCUAAUCUCCACAAACCAAAUAACAAUGCAGUCAUCUAUUGUCAAAGAUAUGGUUGUGUGAGUCCAGUUUGUAUCUUUUCCUAUACAUUGUGUGUUGAAAUGGGUUGUGGCAUUUCAGCUAUUUUGAAGUUUGUACAGCAGAGAAAGGAUCCUACUGAAGAUUGCUCACUAUAUUUGACAACUCUUAACGACAUGUUCAUGCCAUAUGCAACCAAACAUACUAUUUACAGUACUUACUGUCUGGCCAUUCAAACGUGGGGUCUCUGAAAUCACAGGUCAUCAUACAAUU